AAACACAAAACCAUGGGCAGUUUCUGUCUGCUCCAACAAAACCAGUUGCUUCAAAAAACCAACACAACAUAGUAACACACGCGCACCCUCUUUCUCUUUAUCCUCUGUUAUUAUAACAUUUACCCUUUUCUUUCCCCGACAACCCAAUCCAUCACCAACUCCUAAGUAAUCCCAUCUUUAACGCUAUUACGAUGCAUUGAUGUUCUUGUGCACCCUUUUGGCACUGUUCAACUAUUCGAUUAAAGGGUAAGCGUCUUUCAUCCAAAGCUUGUUCCUUUUUUGCUUAUUUUGAAAGAAAGAAAAAUUGGUGUUUUUGUUGAUGGAACCCAUUGGACUAGGUUGUGGAAUGUUCUCUGGGUUGGUAGGAGUGGAAAGCCCUUUACAACAGCAACAACAGGAACAAAACCCUCACCAUUUGCAACACCAUCCCCAAAUGGUUCCCUAUGCCACACACCAUGACACUGAAAACCCUCAUCAUCCACACCUUCACCAUUCAAUCAAACAAGGGUACCCUCCUUUUUUAUCCAAGACUAAACAACAACAGCAACAGCAACAGCAACAAAGCUCUUUCAGUGAUGAUGAUGAGCCAGGGUCUGCUGAUGAUGACCCCAAGAAGAAGGUCUCACCAUGGCAGAGAAUGAAGUGGACUGAUACCAUGGUGAGGCUCUUGAUAAUGGCGGUUUAUUACAUUGGUGAUGAAGCUGGCUCUGAAGGGACUGAUAAGAAGAAAGCCUCUGGUUUGAUGCAGAAGAAAGGGAAGUGGAAAUCGGUUUCAAGGGCUAUGAUGGAGAAGGGGUUCUAUGUUUCUCCUCAGCAGUGUGAGGACAAGUUCAGUGACUUGAACAAGAGGUAUAAGAGGGUGAAUGAUAUUCUUGGCAAGGGAACUGCUUGCAGGGUUGUGGAGAAUCAGAACUUGUUGGAUUCAAUGGACUUGUCUCCAAAGAUGAAAGAGGAGGUUAAGAAGUUGCUCAAUUCCAGGCACUUGUUCUUCAGGGAAAUGUGUGCUUACCAUAAUAGUUGUGGAAAUGGGAAUAACAAUGCUCCACAGCAAGGAGAGUCUGGUGGUGAAGUGUCUCAGCCUCAGUCUCAGUCUCAGGCUCAACCUCAUCAUCAACAGCAGCAGCAACCGCAGCAACAACGAUGUUUUCAUUCAUCAGAGGUGGCAAAUUUGGGGGGUUCAGGUGUGGAGGGUUUGAGGGUGUUGAAAGUGGGAAAUGGGGAAGAGGGUGAUGAUGAUGAGGAUGAGGAUGAUGAUGAAUCCGAGGAUGAUUCGGAUGAGGAUGAAGAUGAUUUGGGAGAAGGUGGUUCGAGGGGUCAUGUGGGGCAUGGACAUGAAGACAUUGAGGAUGAGAAUGAUGGAAGGACAAUGAGGAAGAGGGCAAGGAAAGUAGGAGGAGGGGUUUCCAAUUCUCUGUCACCACAGACGAUGCAGCAACUGAGUGCUGAAGUGACUGGCAUGUUCCAAGACGUAGGUAAGAGUGCUUGGGACAAGAAACAAUGGAUGAGGAAUAGGAUGAAGCAGUUGGAGGAGCAGCGAAUAAGCUACCAUACACAAGCAUUUGAGUUGGAGAAACAAAGGCUGAAAUGGGCAAGGUUUAGCAGCAAGAAGGAGAGGGAAAUGGAGAGAGCCAAACUUGAAAAUGAAAGAAGGAAGCUUGAGAAUGAGAGAAUGGUUUUGCUCAUUCGCCAGAAGGAGCUUGAAUUGAUGGGUCUUCAACCCCAACAACAGCAGCAUCAGCAACAACAACAACAUUCUUCCACCUAGGUCUAGGGGAGAUGAUUUUGCUGGGGUUAAUUAAUUGUAUGAUAGAUGAAACCAAGGUAUAGAAAAAGAUGUAGAUCGAUUAGGCCUAAUAGAGGAAAGUGGCUGUUCUCUUUUUGGGGUACUUGUUAAGUUGAUUGUUAUUGAAGAAAAGAAAAAUAGAAAAUGUCUGUAUCUACCAUCUUGAUAGUUGAUACCCUUUUUGUUUAUUUAAACAUGUUUUUGUUAUUAGUACUAUUUUUGUUUUGAA